AUGAAAGACAUAAAUACAAAAAAAAGAAAAAUUAAAUACGAAGGUGAAUUAGACUUAGCAGGACAUAAGCUAUAUUGUUAUGUUUUGGAAGAUGGAGAAAGAGGUUUUUCAACACGAAGCACACAAGAGGUCUUAGGAAUAGUUGAUAAAGAUGGCAAGCAAAAAUGGUCGGCAAAUAGACUGGGAAAAUUUUUAAGCCAGAAAUCACUUCAACCUACAUUUACAGAGGAAAAAGGGUUGAUUUAUGAAAAUCUGCCUGAAGGUGUGUUAGAAAAAAUAAAAGAAAAAACACCAAAGACAAAAGGGGGUCAUUGGAGAUAUAAAUUUCAUCAAUCUUUAACUCCCGAAGUAGGUAAGGAGCAUUUAAAGAAGGUUAUUUAUACUGUGGAAGCAUUAGCCAAGAUUUCUAAGGAUAAGAACCAGUUUUUAAGACUAGUAAAAAAGGUAUACCAUCCUAAAAAAGACUUAUCUUCUUAUAUAGAUAUAGAAGCAAUGGAUGACAGCAAAGAAACCAAGGUUGAUAAAGUAUUAGGUGCUUUAUUAAAAACACCAAAACCAAAGAAGA